GUGGCCUUCGAAUUAGAGGAGGCCGAAGAGUUCCGCAGCCUCCAGCAGGCCAAAGUAGCGGAGCGCCUGCAGUCCCAGAUCUGCGCCGGGCGCCGGCAAGCCGCCGGCUCGGACGGGAGCCACAGGACCAAGAGCGGCUCGAAGCUGCAAGUGAAGCUAGGUCCGGUCGCGCAGAGCGAGCGGCAAAAAGGUGUGCACGAGCCACUCUCAGAGAAGGCACUUCUGGACACCCUUCGCGGUCUUUGCGAGUCGCCGGGCACCCCCCUGAAUGUCCAGCUGGUCGAGCAGGUGUUGCUCGCCGCGGAAGAGUUUCUAUAUUACGGCCGUCACGAGGCGGUUGCCGAGCUCCGCGUGCCAGACGAGUCGGAGAAAUCAGGUCCGGAGGCAUCCGCGAGUUCUCCGAACCGAGUUGUCGUGGUCGGGGACCUCCACGGGCAACUUCAAGACUUGCUGUGGAUUUUUCAGAAGCACGGCCUUCCCAGCGAAUCGCAGCGGUUCCUCUUCAACGGCGAUGUUGCAGAUCGGGGCCGCAACGCCAUCGAGAUCUUCGUCGUAAUAUUCGGCUUCAUGGUCUCGAUGCCGGGGAGCGUACACAUGAACCGUGGCAACCACGAGGAAGAGGGGAUGAACUGCGCCUCUGUAGGCGGUUUUUACAACGAGUGCCUGUCAAAGUACGGGCGCGCUGACGGAGGCAGAAUCUUUGACGCAAUGAAGCGAUUGUAUGCGCUGCUGCCCCUCGCCACCGUGAUCGAGAAGAGCGUCUUCGUCGUGCACGGCGGCCUUUCGCGUUGUCCGCAUCCGCUGCGGCUGCUGCGGUCCCUGCAUGAGCGCCCCAGCUCUCUGCCUUCGGAGCCGGCCACGGCGGCAGAGCAGGUCAUGAUCGAUUUUCUUUGGGCCGAUCCCUGCGACAUGCCGGGCCUUUCGCCUUCCAAGCGUGGGGGGCAGAUGAUUCGUUUCGGCCCGGAUGUGACGAAGCAGUUUCUUGAGGACUCGGGCUUCGCGUUGGUGGUCAGAUCUCACGAAGUCCCGAAGAAUAACGACGGCGUCUAUGUUAUGCACGAGAAUCGGUUGGUCACUGUUUUCAGUGCCUCGAACUACAUGGGCAGCGUGGGCAACCACGGCGCCGUGCUCCUCUUCCAUGCUAGCGGAGGAAAGCUCAGCUUCAACGAGAGCCGGCACUUCGCCCCGGCUCUCAGCGCGCGUGAGUUUGCGCUGCUCCGGUCGACGCUGGAGGAUGCGCUGGGCCUCCCCCGAGAGCAGACAGACAUUCCGCGGCUUCAGCUUCAGGCUGCAGAGAUGGCAGUUGCGCAGAGCGUGCCCCAGGAGGAUCCGCAACAAGACAGGCUUCCGAAGGAGCUGGUGCGACAGGUGGCCCAGCUUGUCGUCGAGCAGAAACCCGCACUUUUCGCCUUCUUCUUCGCGCAUGAUGUGAGCAAGACCGGCUUCAUAGACGUGCAAGACUGGCUCGAGGGUUGCCGGGCUGUCUUGGGCGACCUUCCCUGGGAGCAGCUUCGGCAGCUCCUGGCUGUGGAGGAGCCAGGAUCCAACAUGGUGGACUACGUUGCCUUCGUGCACCGCUUCCGUGUCGGUCUCGCCGGCUCGGAGAUCUCAGACGAGUGGGCCCAGACACUGGUCUCCCGCGUUUUCGAGCGGCUGAUUUACAGCGACUGGCCCAUUACCCAGAUGCUGCAUCACUUCGACCGCGACGGGAACGGUACGGUGACUGCUGCUGAGCUGAGGGAAGCUUUUGUGGAGCUGGACGUUGGCAUCACAGGGCCUCAGGCUUUCUCACUGCUGCGAACGAUGACGGCCCAUGGCACUGCAGACCAGAAGAGAGCAGGUGGUAUCAGCAUCGAAUCCUUCCUGUCUCUCUUUGAGAUGACGUUCCACCCGCAUGCCACGGGCCAGGUGCGUGUCCCCGGCUGGGUCACUGCUUCGCUCCGUGUGCUGGGUGGGCUCAUUUGGCAGGGCACCAGCGGCGAGGACCGUGCUCGCCAAUUCUUCGAGCGUGCAGAUGCCAACGGAAACGGUCUCCUUUCCCUGCCGGAGCUCGUCGCGGGCAUCACGCAGCUGUGCCAAGCGGAAAACGUAGACCUGCAGCUCACCCGGAAAGAUUUCCUCGACUUGGCCAAAUGGGUGGACAUAAGCGGAGAGGGCCAGGUCAACUACGUCGAGUUCCUGAAGGCUUUCCUCCCGGCCGGUCUUUCAGACGGCAGCUUCCAGGCGGACAUCAUGGAGUCCAUCUGCACCACGAUCUGGAGCAACAAGACGGCCCUUCUGAGAGCCUGCCUGACCUUCGAUUCUACGCACAGCGGUCGCGUUGCUAGAGGGCAGCUGGCAGAGGCGCUUCGGCAUCUCGAAAGCCGCGCGGGCGAGGAACUCCUUACUGCCGAGCAAGUGGCAGUGCUCCUGGACCACACCAAGUUCAAUCCGAAGACUGAGCAAGUGCGCUACCGGCGCUUCCUUGAUAGCUUCCAAGUUUUCGACACCGCACCCACUUGGGCGUAG